AUGUUGAAAGAAACCACGACGUUAACUGAAACCAAAUUCAUCGAAAAAGAUUGGAAUUACAGUAUUCAAUUAAAUCGUUUGUUUUUAAAAUCAAUCGGUGCUUGGCCACUUUCGUUGAACGUUAAUUAUCUAGAAARAAUAAUAUCAAUUAGUUUGACAACGAUCAGUAGUUGUUUGAUAGGAUUUUUAUUGAUACCAUGUGCACUGGUUACGUUUCUUGGUCGUGAAARUAGUCUCGAUGCAAAAAUCAAGAUGAUAGGUCCACUUAGUUUCUUCGUUAUGGCAGCUAUCAAAUAUUACAUUUUAACGUCACGAGGAAUAACUAUAGCCAAUUGUAUAAAWCAUAUUCGUUCCGAUUGGGAACGUGCUGAAAAAUUUCAAGACGAUCGUAAAAUUGUUAUUAAGAAUGCAGAAUUUGGUAGAUCGUUGGUCAUCUCUUGUGCAGUAUUCAUGUACGGUGGUGGAUUCUUUUAUUGCACCGUGAUGCCACUUUGUACUAUGAGAACUGAAAUAAUUGAUAAUGAAACAAUAAGA